AUGAAGGCACCGCGCGAGCUCAGAGAUCGCUCGAAGUACUACCUAUUUCAUCGCGACUACGAACACGACACCGAGGAGUGUCACGACCUCAAGAACCAGAUCGAAGAACUCAUAUGCCGGGGGCAUAUGAGUUGCUACAUCGGGAGGCCCCGCGAACCAUCACCCCGUCCGUCGGGUCCGAUCGGAAAGCAGAUUGAUGUGAUCAGUGGUGGUCCGGCGUUAGGGGUUGAUAGCAUGGCAAGACGAAAAGCUUAUGCCCGGGCAAUCAUUGAAAAACGCUUGAGGCAAUCCCAAGUGCCCGGGAUCACCUUCCCGGUGGGAGAAACCGAGUACCCGGAGCAUGAUGACGUGCUAGUCAUCUUGGCCAGGAUUGCUAAUGCUCGGGUUAAAAGGAUCAUGGUGGACACCGGGAUUCAACCGAUGUCCUAUACUUCGACGCCUUCCAGAAGCUCGGCCUGA